UUUCCGACCUCGGAAGAGUUCGGCAGUACUCGGCUCUUGUCGGUUUGUUGUCAUCCCGCCCUCCGCAGCCGAGCAAGAGCAGUAGACUCUGCGCGGUUGAAGAGCUCAGAACCAAACGGACCGCCUAGAGUGGACCUCGUGGGAUUCCGGGACCGGAAUCAGAAGGGAACGGUUUUUGUUGGCUUUCAAUGAAUGAUCCCCGCGUAAAAGAGAGCCAUGUAUCAGGUCCAGGGGAAAGGGCAAAGUGUCGUUGCCAUGGUGCUGAUGGAGCGUCCUGCUAAAAAGAGGUCUGCCGAAGGGGUCCCCCUCCUCGCCGGGACAACCAAGUUGGUCGCCGAGCAUCAAGAGAGCCGACCACUUCUGAGUCCCUCCAUUGAUGACUUCCUGUCGGAGAGCUGCGGUGACUCCACCUCCGUGUGCCAACUAUCCUCCGACACCUCAGUUGUGGACCUGGUGGACUUCAGUGAAGCUGAGGACGGAGGCGGGAAUGACUUGAGGAGGGCAGAAAGCGCCGGAUCUGAGCAUACAGAACCAAUCCGGUUGGAUGUGGAUCAAGCUCCUGCUGGUCAUGGAACACCGGAAAAGACCUCAUCGGUCUUAGUAUUGGACACACGACAUGAGUCCAACACGCACCUGGGUGACGACGGGAGGAAGUGUGAAACACGAGGCCAUUCCUGCGAUACGUCUGGCGAAUCGCUGUGCGACCCUCAUGUGAAGAAGUUGUUGGAUGCUCGCAGUUUGGAUGAUUUGGACUUAGAGUCGUCCAGACAGGACAGCGGCACAUCCAUGUGUUGUCGACGGACUCGCUCCCUCCUGGCCAAAAGUGAGUCACUGGAGGAUGAGUUUGUGAGAGCCAAGGCUGCUGUGGAGUCGGACACACAAUUCUGGGACAAGAUGCAGGCCGAGUGGGAGGAGCUUGCUCGCAGGAACUGGCUGGAGGAGACACAGGAUCAGAGGCUAACUCCAUCUACGACCUCACCCGUGGGAGAGGCUUACAGUUUCAGCGCCAACAAUCCGUACAAAGACCGCGGUGCCGCCUUUGCUGAAGCGCAGGAGAAAGUUGGCGAGGGUGAUUUGAAUGACGCCGUCCUGUUGCUGGAGGCGGCCAUCUUGCAGGACCCGUUGGACUCGGAGGCGUGGCAGGUUCUGGGAACGACUCAAGCCGAGAACGAGAACGAACAAGCCGCCAUUGCAUCGCUGCAGAGGUGUCUGGAGCUCCGCCCCGACAACCUUCAGGCCCUCAUGGCAGUGGCGGUAAGCUUCACCAACAGCGGCCUGGCACGCCAUGCGUGCGGCGCCCUCUACCAAUGGUUGAGACACAACCCUCGCUACGCCCACCUCAUCCAGCCCUCAGCGGCACCCGGUCCUUCGCUGCAGGAAGUGUUGCUUGUCUUCCAGGAGGCGGUUGAGUUGAAUGUGGACUGUGUGGAUCCAGAACUGCAGACAGGACUCGGAGUUCUGUUCAAUCUGAGUUGUGACUUCAACAAGGCGGUGGAGGCAUUCAGCGAGGCGUUGUCCGUUACGCCUCAGGACUAUCUACUGUGGAACCGUCUUGGCGCUACAUUGGCCAACGGGAAUCGGAGUGAAGAGGCGGUGGAGGCGUACACAAGAGCUCUAGAGCUACAGCCCGGUUUCAUCCGUUCUCGGUACAACCUGGGCAUCAGCUGCAUCAACUUGGGGGCCCACAGGGAAGCAAUCACUCACUUCCUGAUCGCUUUGAAUCAGCAAAGACGAAGCCAGAGCUGCAGUCAGAACCAGAUGUCGGCCAAUAUCUGGGCCGCCUUACGAAUCGCCAUCUCCAUGAUGGAUCAACCUAAAUUGUUCCAGGCGGUCGACAUGGAGGACUUGGACCAGCUGAUGGCGGCAUUCCAUGUUGAAGAUGCGUGACAACGUCCUGAUGAUGGCGGGAUUUCUCUUUGGUAAAGCAGGUUCCGAAUGAGCUGGAAUUCGGACCAAAGAUGACCGACACAAUACAACACAACACACCCCGAAAAGUCCUGAUAGAACACACACAAAAAAAUCCACUUUGAUGUCACGCCUCUAAGAGACACGCCCACUGUGAUGUCACACCUCAGACAGUAAGAAGCGUUUUAAGGGCUGUUUGUCACAUGACCAAACACGUUUACAAGAAGGCAGAACAAUAUGUGUUUGUCUGAAAUGAUGUCACAUGACCAGUGAUAUCGUGUUUUUGUUUCCAAUUAUUAAAGCCAUACAGGUCGACAAGAGAACACCUUCAUACUCAUAAAGUAAUAAAAUACUAAUUAAAAAUACUCAUACAAUCAACUCAUACACAUUUUACGGUUAACAGCUGCUGCUCUAUGAUUGGUCGAGUACCCUCAGGUGUGUUAUUUUUCACAACGUGAGCAUGAAGUGCAAUAUUUAUACUUUGAAUUCUUUCAAAAUAAUGUUUUUAAAAUGUUUUGUUCUUGCCAAUUGACUUUAUUUAUAAUAACCCCAAUGCAUACAUUUACCUUCUAAGGUUCCUGUGUGAACUAUGGCAAUAAUCACCAAUUAAACUACACAAACUGCU